AUGAAUUUUGAAACAAAGUUCCUUGGGUCACUCCUGUUGGUAGUGGCUAUUGCCACUUCUAAUUUUGGUCAAACUACUUUUAGGACAACACAACUCAAUACCAUCAUCUGCAAUGAAUCCCAAACUAAAGAAUUUAUUUCAAUUAUGAAUAUAACAAAUAUAACAAUAAAUGAAAUUCCUCGGGAUAAAAAUUUGGUGGUUUUAACUGACUCUACAGAUAUAUAUUCGACAUACAAAGAAAAAUUAAUUGAAGAAGAAGCAACGUUCAUACCAUUUUAUGGAACAAUAGACGUGCAAACAAUAUUUAGAAUAGCAGUUAUUUUCCAUUCAACAAAAGAAAAAAUUAAAUUUAUUAUUCAUGGCAAUAGUUCUGAAAAUGCUGCAAAUAUUUUUGAGAAUUUGGUCAAUUUUAUCGAUAUCUCUGAUUUAAAAGAUAAUAUUGCUGUUGCAUUGACGAUUCCCAAUGUUGAAGGUAACAUUAUGACCAACGGUACUUUUUCUACAUGGGAAAUAAAUAAUGGUAAUAAAAUUACUAAAUUUACUUUUAGUCAAAAGAUUCAAAAGCAAUGUAAUUGUGCAAUGCAAUAUGUGAACCAACAAGUUUCCUUAGAUAUGAAAAAAGUUGUUGAAGAAUUAGAAAAUAAAAGUUAUGAACAAGAUACUGUGGCAAGAAUGUACAAUUGUCUCUGGUCUUUCGCUAGAUCGAAUCAUAAUAAUGUUAAUAAUUAUAUUCUAAAUUUUCGAAAAUGUUUCAAUGUUAUUCAAUUCCCAAAAACACAUGCUUUGGUACAAAAUGAAUAUUUAAUAAAAUUGAUAUUAUUUACUGAAUGUUUUCAAUUUCAAGAAGCUAGUGUCGCCUGGUCUGAGCCAUUAAGAAAUUUUCAGCUACAACGUUUGGGAAACUUAAAUGAUUGGUACCCGAAAACUAAUAAUGGUUUGCUAAUUCGAAGAAAAGUAAAUCAGAGUUGUAAUGCUAUGAGAAAAGACUUCAAAUUGAAUGCGAGGGGAAAUUUUGUUAAACUAAGCGAUCUCGAUUUCAAGCAAUGUGAUAAAGAACCUAAAGUAAUUGAAAUAUUUGGAUUGAAAAAAGUUAUAAUUGAUAAGGAUAUGGAUUUUACUGGGAAGGAUGUUCAAAUGAUAAUCAUAGCACCCAUAUGGGAAGUAAUUUCGUCUUCGAAUAAUGGAACAACUGAGCGUAGAGUAAUUAAUUUAAAUGGUAGAAACGGUACGAAUUUUGAUAAAGAAAGAGCGGAUGAUGGCAAUCGAGAUGGAAAUAAAAAUGGUGCUAAUGGUUUAGCUGGGAAGCCAGGAGGACCUGCUGGAAGCUUUUACGGAAUCACAAACAAAAUUAUAAAUGCAGAACAAUUAACUAUUUUGGCAAAUGGAGGAAGAGGAGGAAAUGGACAAAGUGGUGGACACGGGGCUGUCGGUGCCGAUGGAUUAUCUUAUAACGGAGCACCUGCAAUAGUUUGUGGAGAAAAACUUGCAGGAUGGCAUACUAGCAGAGGAAUGUACGGAAUGACAGAAUAUGGUACAGAAGCAACUUAUCAUUUUGAUGCCAUAUAUGGUAAGUCUGGAUCUAUUGGCGGAAGCGGAGGUAAUGGAGGUAUUGGCGGAAUUGGCGGGAAAAAAGGCAGUGUUUAUAUUUUCCAAUUAAAAAAUAAUACAGAUAGGUACGAAUCAUUUACAGUAGAUGGUGAAGCAGGGUCAUCAGGUAAAGGUGGAAAGGCUGCUUUGGGUGGUAAAGAAGGUAAUAUGGUCAUUGCAUGUGAAUGCUGUAUUUGGUGGUGUAGUGGCUGUGAAAAAUACACAGUGAUAGGACCUUUCAAUAAAGUAGCUAAAAUGGGUUCUGAAGGGAAGUCAGGCAUCAGUCUGAAGAGGAAAAUAGAUGCAGAGAAUUCACAUACUGAAAAUAGUCUUCCAAAUUCAUUGAAUAGAUAUAAAAUGUUCAUUAGAACCUAUCUAACAAAAUUUCCUUUCAGACAAAUACUAUGGUCCUUUUAUAAUGAUAUAAAUACAUAUAUGUUUAGGUAUGAUACAUUGAGUUUAGUUGAAGAUUAUAUAGGAUUAGAGAAACAAUUUUUUUCUUUAAAUCACUUUAACUUUACAUCUUCAUAUCAACAAUUUAAGAAUCGAAUUGACAUGUAUGUCCUAAAUCCUAAAGAACAAGAAAAAACUGCAGAAUACAAAAAAAUUAUCGAAGAAUUAAAAAAUGAUGCCGAAAAACGUCUUAAAUCUGUCUUAUCACAUCGUUUCUAUUAUGAUGUCACUCCAGACCCAAUUGAAGAAGCAAAGAAUUCUUUCAAGCCACUGAUAAUUCAAUUAGAAAAUUUUAGAAGUACUAACAUUAUUUUACAUCUUCUCAAACAACAUAUUUUUUCACUGGAAGAUACGAUGGCAGAAGGUCAAAGAUUAAUUGAAACAUUGGCAAAAGAUGCUAUCUGGGAUACAGAAGACAUGUUAGAUCAAGAAUUGGAUUCUGUACUUACAGAAAUUUUAGAGAUGAAGCAGCAUGAACUUUACAAUCAAGAUAAACUGAAAGAAAGUCGUGAGAAAUUAGGAAAAAUUAUAAGCCUUAGAAGAAUGUUUGGAAUUUUGAAAGUUGGUUGUGCAGCAUUAGGAAUUAUAAAUCCUUUUUUAGGAACAGCGGCUAUAGCUGCUAUUGGAGUUGUCGACGCAUUUACAACUGAUGGAGACGAAGCACAAGUAACCGCCAUACCAAAAUAUUUCGAGAAUGUGGUUAAAGAGUCCGAUAAUUACUUUAAAAACAUGAAGACUGAACAAAAUAAUAUCAUUGAAGAACAGGAAAAAUUUGUGAAGGCAAAAAUUAAGGAAACUACAACAGUCGUUGGUGCUGCUGUGAUCUCUGAUGUUUGGGAAUCAUCAAGCAAAUAUAGAAACAUAGGUUAUGGAACACUGCAAAUUGAGGAAUUAAAAAAUUCCCGAUACGCUAUGCAGGAAGUCUACGCUCGUAAAGAAACUCAAUUAACAAUAGAAUUAGAAAAUUUAAAAAAACCAAAUGAAAAACAGGAUAUAAAUGGUAUAAAAGCUCUUGAAACUGGAUUAGAUGUAACUAAAUAUUUAAAAGUAACAUCUAUGAUUUCCGCAGGUAUAUCGGAAAGCGUUGUUAGUAUUAUGAGAAAUAAUAAAAAAGUUAAUGAAAUUGAUGCAGCACUAACCAAAAGUUAUGAUACUUGGAAAGAACUUAAUUCAUUAGAGAACAAUAUUUAUGACAAAAUUAAUCCACUGUUUACUAACAUGAAGACAAAUUUAGAUAGUGUGCAGAGUGAUCUGGAAAAUAUGAAUGAAAUUCAACAAGAAAUUGCAAAAUGGAAUGUUACCGGCACAAUUAAGGGCAUACAGCAUAUUUUAAAUAGUGUGACUAAAAACUUUAAAGUAAAUGAGAACAUGAAUUUUGUGUUCAAUAAACUCAUUGCAGAUUUUGACACACUUUUUAAUUUACACACAUUAUUGUUGGAUGGCAAGAAGGAAAAAUUAGAUAAAAUCUAUCUUACUAAUAUUCUCAUUGCACAUUCUAAUCAUGGUAAUAAUUUAUUAAUUAGUGAUUCUGAAUUGCGAAAUGCGAUAUCAGAAUUGCAGAUUCUUAGAACAACGAAUCAAUUAGCUGAAAAAUAUGAUAAAUGGCUUUUUGCGUUGAAACAGUAUGCUUUCCCUUAUAGUGGAGAAAUACUUGAUUCAUUACCCGAUUUGAGUGAAUUUACAAACGAAAGUAUGACUAAUUUUGGAAAUUUUAUAAUUAAAAAUAAAGAUUUCAUAAUAGCAAAUUCUGCAUUUGCUAAAACUACAGAUAAUAAAAUGACAACAGUUUUCAGAGGUUCUAACUUUCCACAUGACAUAUCAAGAUUUUCUUUCUACAUUUGGAAAAAUGAUGAGAAUAAACAAGAGAUAAAAGAUAUUUUAAAUGGUGGAGAAACAACUUUGGUUGCAGAUAUCAAUAACUUUAAUUUGUCUUACGAUAGCGUAAAGUUUAAUCGUAUUAAAAUAUUAUUUACUGCUAAUAAUGCAAAUAUGCAAGAGGAAUUAAAUGAAGAGCUGAAGAAUUUUGAUGUAAAGCUCACGCAUCAUGGGGAUUCAAAGUAUAGAUAUGGUAGUUCCAUUUAUGAUAUUAGAAAUAAUCCAACACUUUUUUGGUUCGCUUAUGCGGCAAACAAUAAUGAACGGGAAUCACAACUUGUUUCGAGAUUCGCUAAUGCUCCCUACAUGUUAAGUCCAUAUGCAACAUGGUCUAUUGAACUUUCGCCAAUACAUCCAUCGCGUAACUUUACAUUUUUACAGAAAUUCGCUGAUAUUGUUAGUCUAGAACUUAUAGGAAAUGCUGAAUAUUUGAAAAAUUCUACAUGUGACUCAACAUGUGAAGUAAAAAUGAAAAAAUUUUAUACACUUGCAACUGAUUUAGCAAAAAAUUAAUAAUUUACAUAUUUGUGAAGUUUUAUUGUAAUUAAAAAAAAAUUAUAUUUACCUUCUAAAAAAUUUUAACAAGAAAAAUCUAGUUUAGUGUUAGAUAUGUAACAACAACUAAAUCUUGUUUUAAUUUUAUAUCAUAAUCUUGAAAAACCUGAUUUUAAUAUAAG